AUGGAGUUUCUUUCCCCGAUUUUAGGGAGAGACACAGAAUCGUUGGAAUGGGGCUCUAUCCUGCCAAUUGCUGAAACACAGGAAGAAAGGCUCGGGGGUUUUAGCAAGGUGACGAAAGUGCGGUUUCACGAGAUGCAUAUUACACCACACCUCAAAGUAAACCAAAAAGUGGCACUAAAAGUGUCUACCUUUGACGUCGACGACGAAGUCGAUAAAGAAGGCAUCUUGGAGAUGUUCCAAAAGGAAAUUGAGGUACUGAAGAUCAUGAGGGAGCUUGAUGAUGACCAUCUCAUCAAGUUUGUUACGAGUUUUAGCCUGCCGGGAGACAUAUUCAUUGUAUUUCCGUGGGCUGAAGCUGGCAACCUUCGGGAUCUCUGGUUUCGAGAAGAUGGAGGUCAAAGAAUGUCCCCAAGCAGGAUCUUGGAGCAACUCAGAGGUGUGUUCAAUGGGAUCUCCAAGAUUCAUGCCAAAGAUUGCGUGCACGGAGAUUUGAAGCCAGAGAACCUUCUACUGUUUCCCGAGCCUGGGACCAGCCCAUUGGGGACGAGGCUUCAGAUCGUCGUGGCAGAUUUUGGUUUGGCGACCGUCUACGAAAAUCCAACCGCCGUACGCAGAGUCAACCAGCAGUUUACGAAAACCGUAUGGAGAACUCCAGAUUACGAGGCUCCCGAGUUUGAAGAUUCACACCCCCAAGACAUAGUGCGCAGUCGAAGCUUCGAUAUCUGGCAGAUGGGCUGCAUCAGUCUAGAAUUCCUGAUCUGGUGGCAUGGGGGCUGCACGGGCUUAUCAGACUUCCACAACAAAAUUCCAAACGAAAAAUUCUGGAAGGAGACUUCUGACGAUGCGUCACUUUCGAGGGUGGACAGAAGGGGCGUUCAUCCUGUGGUCUUGGAGGCCAUGCAGAAGAUGCGAGCCUCAGUUUACUUCUGGAACAGUAAGCAGGGUGCCUUUCUUUCCUACAUCCAGGAGCAGCUCAUCGUAGCUGAAAACAACGGAAAGAAACGCCCCGAAUCGUCGAAGGUGGUUGAGAGGAUAGACCAGAUCUUGGAAGGAUUUGAGGGUUUAGAGGUGGAAAUGCUUCAAGUUGUCAGGGGACGGUCACGAAAGGGCUGGAAUGUUGGAAAGAGGCUGUUUAAAGGCGUCACAUCUUUCAGCCUCAAGAUUUUGCUCUUUCUCUAUCGUGUUAUUUCUGGAGGGAAGUAUGGGCUCUUUGAUAGUAACCUUGGAUUUCCCUGUGCGUGCUAGAGCUUGUCUUGGGACCUCUGGCUACCUAGGUA